CAGACUACUUCCAGUUGCACGAGAGGUAGUUGAACUAUCAAUGAACUACUGAUCACUGAAGUGACAAAGUUAAGGUAAGGUAGAACUGAAGUCUUUAAGUGUUUGGAAGCAUCAACACUUUGUGAAGGUUUGAGGAGAGAUUUUUAAGAGUAGAGGUUCAAAGAAGCUCUUCCGCUCAUUUCAUAAAUCAACAAUGGUUGGAACAGGUGGCCCAGUGCCCACUUUCUCUCCUUGGGAUUAUGUGGUGUUUGCUGCAACGAUUCUGGGAGCAGCCAGCAUCGGCCUUUUCCAAGCCAUCCGGGGCCGGAAAGAGAACAACAGUGCAGAGUUUUUGUUAGGUGGACGACAAAUGACAGCUGUGCCAGUCGCCAUGUCCCUGACAGCCAGCUUCAUGUCUGGCAUCACAGUCAUUGGAACACCCUCAGAGGCUUACCGGUUUGGUCUUGCCUUCUGGCUCUUUGGUUUUUCUUAUGCUAUCAUGUCUGCCAUCACUGCUGAAUUAUUUGUACCAAUUUUCUACCGACUGGGGAUCACCAGUGCCUAUGAGUACCUGGAACGGCGCUUUAAUCGGAUAACCCGGCUGACCGGAACAUCCAUGUACAUUGUGCAGACGGCUCUCUACACGGGCUUAGUUAUUUAUGCUCCAGCUCUUGCACUAAACCAAAUUACGGGGCUGGAUCUGUGGGGAGUGUUGGUGGCAACGGGGGCAGUGUGCAUCAUCUAUUGUACUUUGGGUGGCCUGAAAGCAGUUAUCUGGACAGACGUACUGCAGAUGGUGAUCAUGCUGGCAGGAUUUGUAGCUGUAAUAGCAAGAGGAGCCGUAGUACAAGGAGGUCUAUCAACAAUUUGGGACGAUGCUGCAAAAGGAGGCCGACUGGUAGCUUUUGACUUUGAUCCAGAUCCUCUCAAGCGACACACUUUCUGGAAUAUUGUGAUUGGUGGUAGCAUAAUGUGGGUGUCUAUCUACUCAAUUAACCAGUCCCAGGUGCAGCGCUAUAUCUCCUGCAAAACCUUAGGGCAAGCCAAGUUGGCUCUGUAUAUCAACAUGGUUGGUUUAUGGACGACAGUGAGUCUUGCUAUGUUCUCUGGUCUUACGAUGUACUCCAUUUACAAGAACUGUGACCCACUUUCAAAUGGGGAUAUAGGUACUUCUGACCAGCUGCUGCCAUACCUUGUGAUGGAUAUUCUGUCACCUUAUCCUGGAAUUCCAGGACUGUUCGUGGCUGCAGCUUACAGCGGUACCCUCAGCACGGUGUCCUCCAGUAUUAAUGCUCUUGUUGCUGUCACUGUGGAAGAUUUCAUUUUUCCAGUCUACAAAGAUUUCACACAGAAACAAGUGACCUGGAUGAACAUGGGCUUGAGUGUGUUUUUUGGAGGCGUGUGUAUUGGAAUGGCUGGAGUUGCUUCAGCAAUGGGAAGUGUUCUGCAGGCAGCUCUGUCCAUAUUUGGCAUGAUCGGUGGACCUCUUCUUGGCCUCUAUCUAUUAGGCAUGUUUUUCCGCACAGCAAACUCAACAGGAGGACUGGGAGGAUUGAUCACUGGUUUGGUGUUAACUUUGUGGGUGGGAAUUGGAGCUCAGCUUUACCCUCCAACAGCUGACAAGACACUUCCCCUUCCCCUUACCACUGUUGGCUGCAACAAAACACUGGACCUCAACAGCACAACAGCAGCUCCAUGGACCAGCCCAGCAAAUCUGACUCCAGAUUACAGGCCUCCUAUAGCAGACUCCUGGUACUCUCUGUCCUAUGUCUACUUUUCUCUUUUUGGCAUGCUGAUCACAUUGGUGUCUGGCCUGCUCUUGAGCAUAAUCACUGGCGGAUGCAAGCAAGCGAAGAUGAACUCUGAUCUCUUUGUGAGGAGGAGUGAUUUAAUAUGCUUCAGUGGUUGCAACAAUUCAAAGGCAUCUGAUGAAAUCGAAAAAGUUGCAACAGACGUUCACAUGGGAGUUGACAACAAAGCAUUUAUGGAGAUGGAUGUACAGAAAGAAUAUGCCACAAAACUAUAAUGCUAUUAUCUUUACUCACUUUAUUAAACACAUCUUAAAUAAUUUAUGGAUUUUUUGUACAAAAAGAAGUAACAAUAUUGUCUGUUUAUGAUCAUAUUGAAAACUUGCUAUGUUUUAUCUACUAUUUACACUCGAGUAAAAAGAUCAAAGUCAAAAACCAUGAUGUUCCUUAUUAAGUACUUCAAACAACAAGGCAUUCAAACAGCACCAGGUUAUCAUGUCUUUGUGUUAAGAUGCCUUCUAUUUUUUGUUUUAAUGGUUUUGUUGCAUUAUUGCUAUGUAACCUUUGCCAUUUGUUUUGUUUUUCUAGAUGAUUUUUAAAAACAUAUUUACCUGACAUUUAUUCUGCUUUUUACUCUGAAGUAGAAAUACACUUAUCGUUGUGUUUUAAAAUAUGUUGGAAGGCAUAAUUGUUUUGAACAUACUUUGACUUCUGUUUAUUUUUCUAUGAAAACUGUGCACUCUAUGAAAAAUCUGAAAAAUAUUCCUACUUAUUAAUAAAUAUUUUCUACUGUUAAAUUUACCAAGACUUCAAAUGCUCACAUACAUUCACAUAAACUCACUUUAGAGGACAUUAUACCACACGGUUGACGUAAGAAUAAAAGAUGAAAGAAACUAAGAGGAAAUUUUUACAAUGCAGUUGAUGAUUAGAUGGCAAUGUCUGUGUUUAUUAAUGGUAAUAAAACAUAUUUCAGC